AUGCUUUCUGUUGCCAUGCCGGCCAUUGUGCAUGAGACAUGUGCGACAGCACUCACGGUCACUAACACGCCGGCCCAGAUACAGGGGGCAUACGGGAAGAGAGGAGCACAAUAUAAGUCACCAUUCUCGUCUGAUCCUAGCCAAGAUCUUUCAGCAACGCCGGCUCAACCCACAGAACACAUCGGACCAGAAGAGUUGACCUUGGGCCAAGGUAGCGAGGCUCAAAAUCGUGGUAUGGUGGGACAACAAUGGAAAGGGUGA